UAUACACGAUAUGACGGAGUCGUUGACCAAGUACUCCCUCGAGGAGGUCUCCCGAAGAAACGGAGAGAACGGGUCCAGGGUGUGGAUAAUCAUUCGGGACAAAGUGAUCGACGUGACGGAUCAACUGGACGAGCAUCCGGGGGGUGCGGAAUUGAUAAUGGAAUACGCGGGCAGAGAUGCCACCAAGGCCUACGACGACGCUGGUCACUCGUUGGAAACGCUCCGCACACUCAAAAGCCUGACCGUCGGAGAACUGACCGAUGUGAUUGAGGAGAAACGGGACGCCAAAGCGAAACGAACGGGACCCGCGACUCGGAACACCGGUUGUGAGAAAGUUCCCAAUCAAAGGAGCUUCCUGUCAAUAAUCUCAUGCGGUGCGUGCGGGUAGUUGGAGCGAACGGAGAUACCGAUUACCGCCUAUGCUGCCCGGUAUGCGCAGUGACCGCAACACGUAACCCCAAUGCAACUCUAUUCGCGUACGAGAAGUUGGUAUCUUCUAUCAUCGUCACCGAUCGUCACCUAUGGCCAUUCGGCGAUCCACCGAUCUCGGUCAGCCGCCUCGAGUGCAUUCGUGCGUCGGGUGUAGGUACCUACAGGUACGUACGUACGAAGUACGUACGAAAUGACAAUACCACAACUCAUUCCUUACUGGCGCAUACAUAGACGGUUAUCCGUUUGUUCGUUGAUUUAUUCAUUCAUAUAUCGAUUCAGGCAUU